AUGGAGAAGUUUACUUGUGCGCAACGAGUGUUAAUCGUCAAAACGUUCUAUCAGAAUGGAGAGAGUUAUGCGGCUACUGUCAGGCUACUUCGCGGUACUCUAGGACGAAAUGAAGCACCGAAUGAAUCAACAGUUCGCAGACUCAUGAAAAAGUUCUUUGAGACGGGCUCAACAGUCGACCUUAAAAGUCCUGGACGUCGUCGUUCUGUCCGAACUAAGCAGAACAUUGCGUUAGUUCGUGACAGUGUUGCUGUUAGCCCAGCGAAAUCAAUUCGUCGCCGUGCUCAGCAAUUGAGAUUGAAAUGUUCUUCUGUACGGAGAAUUCUUCGGUACGAUCUCCAAUGUCAUCCCUACAAAAUACAGUUGACGCAACAUUUGAAAGUGACAGAUCACCAGAAAAGGCGACAGUUUGUCGACUGGGUAUUGGGAAAACUGCAGGAGGAUGACAGCUUCGCAAACAAAAUCAUCUUCAGUGAUGAAGCGCACUUCCACUUGAACGGUUUCAUUAAUAAACAGAACUGCCGUAUUUGGGGUUCAGAAAACCCUCGCAUCAUUUCAGAAAGAGAAAUGCAUGCACAGCGAGUGACAGUUUGGUGCGGCUUUUGGUCAGGUGGCGUCAUCGGCCUUAUUUUUUCGAAGACCAGGAAGGUAAAGCAGUGA